UUAAGCAGGAAUAAUUUAUUAAAAUCAUCAAAAAACACUUAAUUAAACAUAUUAAACAUUAUAAAAGUGAAUUUACAAGCUGUUAACACAGUAAUAAAUCAAAAUAAAACAAAGGAAACCAAUAAAAAUAAGUAGAUAAGUCAAAACGUGUGAAUAUAUUAAAAGUGACGUGAACUGAAAGUUGUAUGAAUGAAUUUUUUUAAAGAAAAUUUAAAUAGCAACUUAUUAAAGAGAUAUUUUUUGUUGUUGCAGCAGUGCUUUUAUAAAGGAAUUUCAUGUAAUAUUUAACGUCCAGAAUAUUAGAUAGAAGAUUACAAUAAAGAAUGUCUGAUCAACAAGAUAAGGCUCCUCCAGAUUUUAGUAGUUUGUCCGAAAAUUUAAGUCAACAGCAAGCUAAGAUUUCAGCAUUAAAAGAGCUUGUAAGGCAAUCGGAACAUCAACAUGGCAAAAAUACAGCAUCAGCACAGGAAAAGGUCAAAAACAUUGCUCAAAGAUUGUCUAAUCUUAAAUCUAAAGCAACACGAUCAAAAAUCAAUCGAUCAACAUCAGAAAUGAGUGAGGAUUUAAGUAUGUCGCAUAUUGAGGAAGAAGAACAAGAUCCAUUAAACAUUCCAUCAUCUUCACAAUCGCGAGCACGUUCAGAGACACCAGGAAGUGAAAAGAUUUCAUUGUUAAGGAAACAAAUGGAAUUAAAUCGUAUGAAAAUGGCAGAACGUGAAAAUAAGUCUAAAGAAAUUGAGCAAAUGGUUACCAAUCUUCGAUCCAAAUUUGAGACAUCCCAAAUGUCAUUAGAGAGAAGUGUUGAGCUUGGUAGAAGUAUGGGCGAUUUAUCAGGCAUUGGUUCAGUACCAUCAAUGAUUUUACAAUCACAAAAUCGUUCAUUUACUUUUUCGGAUGUAUCUCAACAACAGCAGCAGCAAUCGUCACAACAACCAGUCAAUUUUGAAAACGAACGAAUUAAAUUCCUUGAAAAACGAACUCGUGAUCUCGAGACAGAAUUAAUUAAUAAAGAGAAUAUAACAGAAUCGGAUGUAAUUCAAAAUUUAGAGACUAAAAUUUUGGAUUUGGAGGAAAAUGUAAGGGAAAAAGAGAGUUUAAUUGAAGCACGAACCAAAGCUGUAACAUUACUAACAGAAAAUUUAUCAAAAAAGAAAAAAGAUGUUGUUGAUAGUUUAGAAGAGACAAAAGUUGAAAUGUUUAAAAUGCAAGAAACGUUCCUUGAUGCCGAGUUGACCUAUAAAAAAGAAGUGUCUAAGUUAAAUCGUGUGAUAACGGUAAAGUCUGAUGAAAUUAAGAAUCUUAAUGAAAAGUGUGAAAUUUUAGAAAAGUCACGUUAUGAUUUAACAUUGGAAAAUUCGGACCUUAAAUCAAAAUUGGAGGAUGUACAAGACUAUAGUACAAAAAUCAGUGAAUUAAAUAAACUUAAUGAAACACUACAAAAGCGCAUUUCGACAUUAGAAAGUCAAAAAUAUGAAUUUAUUACCGCAGAGGAAAUUGGCGAGGCUAAAAGUGCCGAAGAGAAAAAAGACAGCGAAAAACUAUCAAAUCUCGAUGAGCUUGUGCAAAAAUUAAAGGAUUUAGAAGAAUUAAUAAAGGAGAAAAAUGAAGAAAUUGAAAAGCUACAGGAAGAUUUACAAGAGAAAACAAUAGAAGUUACUGUUGUCAAUGCCAAUAUGACUGUUUUACAAGACAAAUUCAAUACAUUAAGCUCCAAACCUUUAUUCUCAGACACAUCAAAUGUCAGCGAAGAAUCGCAUGCAGAACUCGCCAAACUUAAACAACAACUCGAUGAAUCUAACAAAAAUAUGAUUAAAACUAAAUUAAAGAUGAAACAAAUGCAGAAACAAAUUGAUUCAGCACAAAAGUCAUCAGAUAAUAAUCAAGAAAUUAAGCGUUUGAAUGAAGAGAUUCAGACACUAACGCAAAAAGUCGCAGAAUUGGAAGAAGAGAAAGGAAGUUACCAAUUACAACUAGUCGGAAAGGAUAAGGAUGAUUUGGAAACGAAAUUAAAGAUGCUGGAGACGACUUAUCAAAACCAGACUUCAGCAAUGCAAUUAUUAGAAGAGCAAAAAAUGGAAAUAAGUGAGGAUUUAAAGCAUGCAAAACAGGAAAUAGAGACAAUAAGGAAUGACUUGAAAGUUGAAGAUUUAGAGAAGAAAAUUAAGGAACUGGAAGAAAAUAUUAAUAAAAUUACUGAGGAAAAAGAGGAAAUUAACAUAAAAAUGAACAGAUAUUUGAAUGAAAACAUGGAACUGCUUGAUAAACUUGAAAAGUUAAGCAAAGGAAGUUCAGCUGAAAGCAUCGAAAUGGUUAAUUUAUUGACAGCUCAAGAGAAAUUAGAGAUCGAAGAGUAUCAUCAAGAAAAUAGUCAUAAAGACGAGGAAGUUCCAGCAGAAAUAAGUCAGGAACUGAAUGAUAGCUUACGAAGUUUGAGACUUGAAAGCUCGGAAUUAAUGGAGAAGAUUGAACUUUUCACAAUUGAAAGACGUGAAGUUUUAGAGAAGCUUGAUGCAUUAACAAUUGAAAAUCAAGUUUUGUCAGGAAAUCUUGAACAUAUUCGUGAGGAAAAAGAAGCUUUAGAGAAGCAAAUCGAAGAUAAUUUAAUAGAAAAAGAAGAAUUUGCGAAACUUUUAACUGAUUUAAAAUCAGAAAAGGAGGAUAUGAAUCAUAAAUUGUCAGAACUUUCCGAACAUCGUACAAAAUUGCAGGAAGAAAUCAAUAAAUUAGUAAAAGAUGAAUUAAGUUCAAUUUCUCCACACAGUUCACCAUUAAAAACAGUAGAAAAUCGUGACACCAACCAAUCAGACAGUCCAAAAGAACCAAUAGCUUCAACAUUUGACAAAGAAGCAUGUGAAAAGCUUUUAAAACAACUCGAUUCAGAAAUCCAAAAUUUAAAUAAAAAUAAGGAUAAAAAUCAGAAAUUGAAAAUUUCUAAAAAGCUAUCAGAUAAUGCCAAGAAUGUCCAUGCAAUGAUGACAAAUUUGUUAAUAGAAUUUUAUAAAAAUCUUGAUGACUGUAAGCAAUUACGAGAAGACUUGGAGAAAGUUAAAAUUUUAUUAAAUAAUGUAAGUAGUGAUAAAAAUAAUGAAGAAGUGCUUAAUCUUCAAAAGCUUUUAAAUGAAAAUCAUGAAAAAUUAGUCAUUAAAAAUGCAGAGUGUGAAGAAUUGCAAAAUAAGCUUAAAGAGCUACAACAAUCAAGUCAGGAAGCUUUUAUUUUAAAAAUUGAGAGUGCAAAAUCAGAACUACAAGAUCAAAUGAGCAGGAAAGAUGAUAUUAUUGCAAGUUUACAGGACACAAUUGAUAUUCUCACGAAUGAACGUGAUCAUUGCGAGUCAGAAGUUCAGAAACAAAUGUCACUCGUGUCUGAUUUAAGGAAAGAAUUUGAUCAACUUUGUGCUGACGUAAAAGUAAAUAAUCAGCGAUUAAAUGAGAAAUCAAAGGAACUAGAUGAAUUACAGCAUGAAUUUGAUAUUCGAUUAAAAACAUCCACAAAUGAGGUUGAAAUCCUUAAGACACUCGUGGCUGAACAGAAGGAACUGCUUAUUAAUUCUUAUCAGGAACAUGAGCUUGAUAUUAAUCAGAAAUUAGCGGAAAUUGAUGAUUAUCAGAAUCAAAUUAAGCAAUUAACAAAUGAGCUUCACGAAUUAAGGACACAUAAUAUUGCUGAUCAAGAAUCUUUAAUUAAUGAGCUUCAAGCUGAUAUUAAAAAACUUAAAGAUAGUUUGAAUGAAUGUAAUCGUGAAAUUGAAAGUCAAAAGGAUGAAUUGCUUCACAAACAAGAAACUAUUGACACACUUAAUACACAAAUUAUUGACCUUUACAAAACAAUGGAAGAAAACUCAAACAAGUUAUUGGAGAAAGAAGAUGAAAUGCAAUACAUACAAGAAAUUUCUGACAGUAAUCGUGACGAGGUCCGUAAAGCACAUGAGAAGCUUUCAAUGGCCGAGAAAAAAAUCAAUGAUUUGAGGGAGAAAUUGUCAAGUAAAAUAAAUGAAGUUGAAUUACUUCAACACAAAUCGGUUCCAACAGAUGAUCCAGAAAGAAUUAAACAACUUGAAGCUGAAAUUCAGUCUAUGGAUGCUAAAAAUAAGGAAAUUCAUGAUAAAUUAAAGAAAUAUGCAGCAAGUUUAAAGAAAAAACAAGCUCAGUGCAGUGAGUUGGAAGAAAAGGUAGCAAAAAGUUCAAUUGUAAGUCUCGAUCCAGCAGAAUUCAAUGAAUUAAAGGCUAAAGUUAUUCAGUAUGAAGAACAACUUAGUAAUAUUAAAGUUGAGAAUAAUAAACUUAAUGAAAGCAUCCAAAAAUCAGCAAAACAAGAUGAAAUUGAUGAUUUAAAAUGGAAACUUGAUGAAUAUGAAGAAAUUGUUGGCAAUAAGAUGAAGGAAAUAGAAAGUUUGAAAGCUCAGUUGCAAGAACUUUCCGGAAAAUGUGACCAAGUUGAGGAAAAUUCAUAUGAAUUACAGUCACAAAUUCAGAGCUUAGAAGCUGAAAAAUCUAAAUUGGAAGCUAAUGGCGCUGUAAUUGAAAGAUUAUCAAAAGAACUGGAAGAUGUGAAGAAAGAGAAACAAGAAAUUAAUCAAAAAUUGCAGGAAGCAGACUCCAAUAAGGACGAUAAGAAAAAAAUGGAUAAAUUAAAAGCAGCUGUUGUGCAAUUAAAGCAUAAAUUAGCAGAUAAAAAGAAAGAAGCAGAGGAUUUGUCAACAGAACUUGCCAAUUUGAAAGAAUCAUCUGAAAAAACAAACAUCCAGGAAGUUGAGGAAUUGAAAAAACAAAUCAACGAAUUAGACGUAAUGAAUGAAAAGAUUCUUCAAGAAACUAAGGUUGCUUAUGAUAAUGACAUUGGAAUGUUGAGACAAAAGAUCGAAGAACUUGAGUCAUCAAAUCGAGUGCUUAUGGAAGAAAAACAACGAAAAGUAUCGCUUGAAGGUCAACUAGAAACAUUCGAAAUGACAAACAUUGAACUACGUGAAAAGGUCGCAAGAUUAGAGGAAGCAGUUGCAUCGAUUGAUGCCGAAAAGAAUGCAUUGAUUCGUGAAAAACUUAUACUUGAUAGAGAACUAGAAGAAAAGGACGAAAUUAUCGGAAAGAAAUUGCAUGAAACGGAAGCAGAUAAUUGUAAUAUGAACGAGACAAUUAAGGAAUUGAAUGAUGAGAGAAACUUAAUGCUACAAAAGAUGAGUGCUAUGGAGCAGCAAAUAUCAAAUGAUGCCCAAAAUUACAGCCAACAAAUAGCUAGUAAAGAAUCAAGUAAUAAUCAGCUACAAAAUCUAAUAGAACAGCUUCAACAUGAUAUAAAGAAACUUCAUGCAACUCAUGAGCAAGCUUUAGCAACAAAACAUGCAGAAAUUGAUGAAAUGGAAGGACAAUUUAGUCAACAGCUCCAAAAGAUUGAAUCUGAAAAGAAAACGGCACAAGAAGGUUUAGAAAAAGCUAAUGAUCAGAUCGUUGACUUUCAAGAUGAAGUUGUAAGACUUAAAGAUAAUGUUCAUUCUCUAGAAAAUGUACGCGCUGAUUUAGAACGUGAAAUGUCAUGGUUGAAGCUUCAAAAUGACAACUAUACACAAGACCAACUUGAAAAUGAACAGCUAAGAAUGCAGUUAAUGCAAAGUGAAACGGAAUUAGAAAAUCUACGAGCACAAAGUGAAAAUAUAACAUCAAAUCAUGAUGCUGAGAUUCUAAUACUUCGUCAUCAAAUUUCUGAUUUGGAAGCAAUGAGAUCACAAGUGAGUCAGAACCAAACUGACGAUCAGGUUAUGCUGCAAAAUGAAAAUGUCAAAUUAAAGGAACUUCUUAUUGAAAAAGAAAAUGAGCUCCAACAAAAAGCAAUUCAGCUUCAAAUGGCGACAGUUUUUGAUGCUCCUGUUAAGGCCGUUCACGAUCCAUUCUCGAAUUUGUCAGCAGCUCCACCAAGUAGUUCCAAGAACCAAGAAGAUAAAUUAAAGCAUGCAAAUGAUGAACUUGAUAAAUUGAGAGAAUCACAAAUGAUGACAAAUAUGGAGUUAGAUAUGCAGUCUGGAAAGAUACAAGAACUUCUUCAUGAAAAUAAAAAGUUGCAGGAAAAAGUCCACGAAAUGCAGUCAAUGAUGGAUAAUUUAAUAAGAACAAAUGUCGAGUUAGAGUCAGUCACUGAAAGACAAAAGGACGACAUCGGUAGAAAAGAUAAAGAAAUAAAUGAAAUUAAGAACGAAAUGAGUGCUUUAAGAGAUCAUUUUAAUCAAUCUACGCAAUCAACAGAUGAUGAUAAAUUCCAGAAUCUAGAAAGUGAGCUAGCUGAGAAGAAUCACGCGAUUGAAAACCUCCAAAAGAUUUUACAAAAGUAUGAAUCAAGUGCCCCCAUUCCACAGACUUCCACAUUAGUACCACCAACUUCCAUACCACAGCAGCAAACUCUUUCUACGUCAAUGUUCUUUAGUGAUCCACAAACAUCGACUUCAUCACUAUUUGAUGAUCCAUUUAUGGCAGUUCUCCCAGUCGUUGAGGAAGAGAUUAAGCCUAAGAAAGCAUAUUUAUUGUACGAUUCUAAGAAUAACAAUGAAACACAAACAGAAGAAUGCUGGCUCAUUGAAUUUAAUGAAAAUGUAAAUAAACUUAUUAUUUUACAAAAUCAGCUUCAAAUGAUGGAAGAGAAAAUUAUGGAACAAUAUGUAGAGUUAGAAACUCAACGAACGCGAAUUUGUGAGCUUGAAGAAAACCAAAAAGUUCAUGUGCCACAAAUGGUAUCACAAGAAGCUGAAAUAGUUCCAAUUAAGGCUUACUUAUGCUUUGAUCAUGUAGAAACUCAAACUGAGACUCAGUGGGCAUGUGAAUAUGCUGGAAAAAUUGAGGAAUUAGAGAGUCAAAUAAAGGUAAUGGAAGUUGAAGCUAUUGAACAAAAAAAUAUUCAGCAACAACUUCAACAGCCCCAAAAUACAUCUCAUCUAUUUGAAAGUAGUCCACAAGGAGACAUUGCAGCUUUAGAAAUCGAAGAUGGUUGGGGAUGGGGUGGUGAUAAUGUCGCUGUAGAAGUUCCACAAACUACAGCAAGUUUAUUAUCCCCAAGAUCAGAUUUGGAAGUGAGACUUCAAGAGCAGAAAGACAUUGUUGAGAAGCUUGAGCAGGAAAAUACAGCAUUAAAUGAUGAAUUACAUAAAGUCCAGGAAAAUUUUAAGAAAAUGAUGAAAAAGUUGAAAGAAUAUCAACAGAAAAUUAAGGAACUGGAAGCUGCAAGACGUGGAUCAUCUGUAGAGCCAAAUGACAUGGACCUAGUCAUACAAGAAGAAUUAAAUUCACAAGUACGGAAGCUAGAAGCUAAAUUAAAAGAAAUAAAUACAGAAAAAGAAAAGGAACAGCAGGAAAAAGAUUCACUUUUAAAGAAAAUUGAAGUCCUUUCAAAUGCAAAUGAUAGAAUGCUUGAAAUGAAAGAACGACAAGAUAGUCAUAUGGAAAUGUACCAACUUAAAAUUAAAGAUUUAUCCCAGAAACUCCAUGAUUUAGAGGAAUGGACAGAAGAGAGUCAAAAACCAGUCCAACAAAUAUCCAGCACAUCAUCAGCGAAUGAAAAUGAAUUAAAUAAAAAGAUUGAGGAACUUAAUGACCAAAUUAAGGACAUGCAAGUCGAUUAUGAUGAGCUGCAAGCUUUAUUGGACGAAGAAAAGAACAAUAAUAAAAUUUUGGAAGAAAGAAUUGCCAAAAUCAAUAAUGACAAUUCUAAAGACGACGAAAUUGAAAAAUUGACGCAAGACCUUCAAUCUAGUCGUAAACAAUGCGAUAAACUAUCAAAUGACAUUCAUGUUAAAAAUGGAGAGAUUAAGGAAUUAAUAAAUAAAUUGGAUCUAUUAUCAAACGAGUCAGUAAACAUUCGAGUCUUCCUUGACGACCUUAAAACGCAGGUUGAGGAAAAAACAAACGAAAAUGAGCAGUUAAAUGAUCGACUAAAGAAAUUGGAAGUAAAUAAUGAUGACUUAUCAAGUCUGUAUAGUCAGUCAAUUGAACAGAAUUAUCGUCAACAAAUUCAUGAAUUUGAGGUCAAAGUUCAAAACUUACUCGGCGAAAUUGACUUUAAAUCAGCACAAAAUGAGCAUCAAAGUGCGAGAAUAGAUGAAUUGUCACAUAAAAUAAACCAAUUGGAAUCAAGUCUUAAUGGAAAAGAUCAUGAAGUAAGUCAACUAAAAGACCAAUUAACGAAUAUCCAUCAAACAUCAGAAAAUGUUCCAGUUGACCAUCAAAAUGAAAGAAUUAGUCAAUUGGAAAAAUUAAAUGAGGAAUUAAUGAGGGAAAAAUCAUUUAUGGAGCAUGAAUUGCAAGUUCUUAAUGAUCAAGUUCUGUCUGGUUUAGAAUUUGAGGAUAGAAUGAAAAAUACAGUCCUGGAUCUUGAUGCGAAAAAUAUUGAAAUUCAAAUGCUUAAAGCUACUCUCGAUAAAUUCCAUUCAAGUGAAAAUGAUCAACAAAAAAAACAAAUCGAUGAAAAUGAUGAAGAAAUCGAAAGGUUGCGUCAUGAAAAGGAAGAAUUGGAAAGAAGCAUGAAAUCAUCAAUUGACUUACUUAAUGCUCAAUGGUCACAGGUUGUUGAACAGCGUGGAAAUGAAGUGGCUAAAAGUUGGAAACAACAUUUGGAAAUGCGUGAGGCUGAAUUUGCUGAAAUUGAGACAAAUCUUCGUAAACAAUUGGAAAUAAUGUCACCAAUAGAAGAUCCAACAAAUAAUAAUGAAGCACUGCUGAAAAUGAGAUCAAUUAUGGAAAGUCAAGAAGUUGAAAUUGUGUCAUUAAAAGAACAAUUGGCAAUUAGAUCAGCUGAAUAUGCAUCAUUAUCAGCCAGAGUCGAUCCGUACCAUCAAAUGUCAUCAUCGAUGAAUGUUUCGCCAAUUUCAUCACCAGAUUCUGAUAAAGUACCUAGAAGUGAAUUAGAUUUAGCGCUAUAUAUGUUGCAUCAACGAGAUAUGCGACUUGAGGAAAUGACAAUGGAACUUGUAAGACUUCUCGAAGAGCGCGAUCAGUUACAAUUACGGCUAUCAAAUGCCAUUCGUCAACUUGAGGAUAUAAAGAAGAAAGUGAAUUUAGAUGCGGGAGAAUCGAGUGACCAAUCAACGCCAGAAAAAUCUCCACCAGUUUUGAAUGUUGGCGAUGAUCAGUUACAAGCUAAAUUGACGGAAUUAAAUACAGUUCGACACGCUCGAGAUAAAGUUUUUGCAGACGAAAGUGAAAAGAGAUUUAUGGAGCACAUGUCAUUGUUUCAAAGAGAUGUAGCAAAUAUUCCACCGGAAGCUGCUGCCCGAAUUGUGGCUGGUUCUGACCAAAAUCAGCAAUCGCCGUCAUCUGUAUUAAUGAACUGGAUUCUUGGCAAAAAACCAGAAUCAUCAUAAAUUAAUUAACAGCUUCAAAAAAUGCCUAAUUCGAUAAUUAAUUUGAUUUGUUCAUUUUGUAUGUUUAUAAAAACCUAUAAAAAUUAUUAUGUUCUGUUAAAUGUUUAUCUAUAAUUAAUUAUGCCUUCAUUGAUUUUCCACUGUUCAGUUAUUAUAGUUUUGUAUAAUAUUUAAAAUUCCAAUGUUUUUUUUUGGUUUUUGUAAAUCAAAGUCAUUCAAAAGUGUUUAUGUUG